AUGGCUGCUAUGGAGCUGCACCCGCUCGGCUCUUUCAAGGCGCCAUGCAUGGGCCUCGUGCGCCCAGCAGUGGCCGGCAAAACAAACCGGGCACCCAGCCCGAGGCGGCACUCCUUGGUGUUGCCUUGCUCCACGCUGGCCGCUGUGGUCGGUGCCACAAAGCUGCGAAAGAGAAGAGUAGCGCGACGUGGGCUCACACGCCUAGCUGAGCGGCUAUUGAGCCAACGCGGUUUGAGGCCGGAACCCAGCCCAAUCGAGUCACUGCCGCAGCUGAACCUGCCGAAUGUCAACGGCCUGCCACAGCUGAAACUGCCGAACAUCCAGGGUUUGCAGCAGCUGAAGCUGCCGAAUGUGAAGGUGGAGCAACUUCCGAAGGAGGUGGUGGAUUUCCUGCACCACCUGCCGAUUGGGGCCGCUGCUCCAGCGCUGAUGCCGGCAGCCGCAGGGGCUGCUGUCGUCGCGCUGCUCGCGCUGAGGCGUGGACCCCAGCCCUGGCUGGAGGAGCUGCCUCUGCGCUACGAUGGCGCCUGGAUCGAGGCUUACUGGCAGCGUCGCCCAUGGCGUUUGACGACGCGCUUCAUUGAAGUUGCCAUCCGCUUUGGUGGUUUCAGCCUGAACAUCGAGCUCGACAAGCUUCUGAAUCGGGAGGAGGCCGUGGCGCCCCAGAGGGCUCGUGAGGCCAAGGAGCUCAUCACAGACCUCGGGCCCGCUUUUGUGAAGAUUAUGCAGGUUUUCGCUUCUCGGCCCGAUGCCCUGCCGGAGGCUUACCAGAAGGAGUUCGAGGGGCUCUUGGAGCGCGUCCGCCCUUUCGGCCGGGAGGAGGCGAUGGAGACUUUGCGCCGCAACCUUGGUGGCAUGGAGGCCGUUCGCAGCCUCUUUGACGAUAUGGCGGCCUUCGAGAAGCCGGUGGCUGCGGCCUCUGUGGGCCAAGUCUACCGCGCUAGCAUUCAGGGCCGCGAGGUGGCCGUGAAAGUUCAGCGACCCGAUGUGCGCGAGCAGGUCACGCUUGACCUUUUCGUGGUCCGGAAACUUGCAGCCAUCGGCUCUUUCGUUCCGAUCGAGCGCUACGCGCGCCAGUUUAAGAGCAUCUUCGAGCUCGUCGACCGGGCUGCGCCCCCUUUUAUCGAAGAGCUCGACUACGAGUUUGAAGCGGAGAACCAGCGCGAGUUUGCUGAGCUCAUCUCAAAGUGCGAACUGGUCGAGGACACGGUGGUCGUGCCGGAGGUGCUGAAAGCUUCGAGAGAAGUUCUGGUGCAGGAGUGGCUCCCUGGGAAGAAGCUGACCGAGGAAGGGGCUGCAAAGGAUCAGUCGCAGGAAGUGGUCAAAGUCCUGUUGAACUCGUACAUGGUGCAGCUCCUCGAGACUGGCUUCCUACAUGGUGACCCCCAUCCCGGGAACUUCGUGCUCAUGCCCACGGGCAAGAUCGGGAUCUUGGACUACGGGCUCAUGACGCGCAUCACGCCCGAGAAGCGGGUUGCCCUCAUCGAGUACCUCAUCCACGUGCAGGCCAACAUGUACGACGAGUGCCUGCAAGACUUGGUCACCCUGGAGUUCCUCCCCGAGGGCAUUGCCAAUGACAAGGUGGCGCGAGAAGUUAUCGUACCCCGGCUCGCCGAGACUUUAAACAUCCUCUUCGAGCAGAGCGAUCUCCGGGUUCAGAGGGAGAAGUUCAUCAAACAGCGCGAGGAGCUGGAAGCUACGGGUAAGCUGGAAGUGCUCCAGGAGGAGCUCCAAAACAUCGCAAAGAAGUAUGGCACCUUCGAGCUCCCUAGCUAUGCCACGCUGAUCAUCCGGGCUCUGGCAACUCUCGAAGGCGUCGGCCUCAGGGCAAACAAGGACUUUUCACUGUCGUCCGAGACGUUUCCAUACAUCGCGCGCCGACUGCUGACAGACGAUGGUGAUCGCAUCCGGAAGGCGCUGAAAGCCUACCUCUACAAGGGCCGCGCGCGCAUGGCCCCUGACCGCCUGGAGAGCAUCGCACAAGGCUUCCGAACCUUCACAAAUCUGAUGAAAGGCGAUCGGAAUGAGGCGGUGGCUGCUGGCGCCCCGCGUCCCGAGGACUUCGUGGAUGCCCAGAAUGAGGAUGUGUCCCUGGAUGCCGCUACGAAAGAUAUCGCUGCCGUCGUUUUCUCCCCGGACGGCAACUUCCUUCAGGACCUGCUAAUCGACGAGGGCGUCGCCGCCGUGGAUGCCCUCUCACGGGCGGCUGUGUCGCAAGUGCUGCGCAUCCUCGGCCCCUUGGGAGCCCCCGUGGCGGCACCGAUGCAGCUGAUCCUGGGAUCUGGCACAGAGCGGCUACUGACCCGGGAGGACAAGCAGUCUCUCCUGGUCAUUCGGAAGAUUGUGCAGAUCAUCCAGGCGGCGGCCGAGAUCCCGGCGGCCGCGCAGCCCGAGGACCUGCCGCGAACCCUGCAGGAUUUGGGACGGCUGCUUCCCGUGGCGCAGUCCCUUUUGCCGACCCUUGCACCAGGCGCUGCAGCCUUUGCCCAGCGCUUUGCGCAGCGACUGGCUGCCCGGGCCCUGCAACGAUUGGCAUCGGACGUGGCAUCCGGCGAGUCUCGCAGUGAGCUGGCCGUGACCUCCGCAUGA